UUGCCUCCAGGAGUGUGGGUGCCCUCCCAGCAAUCCCGAAGCUAUUCCGGCAGCGUCCGGACCGCAUCGGAGGGGUCUAGAAUCCGGCGUCCGCGCCUCAGCCCGAUAUCUCCCCCGCCUGACGCACGCGUGCUGACGGGGGAAGGGAAGGGGAGGGCCGCUCCCGCACACCGCUCGCAGUCGGGGUACCGGGAGGAGAUGCCGGGCCCGGGUCAGGCGUCCGGCUGGACCGAGUGCGGCUCCUCCGCAGAGCCGCCCGCAGCGGCCGAGACCGAGGGUGGAGGCGGCGGAUCAGCUGGACAUUGUUUUUACCAGAAUUCCAAAGGUACUGAAAGAAUCAAAGAUGGACACAAAGUGGAUUUACACACAGCCAGGCUGCAAGAGUUAUGGAAAACUCCUCAAAUUCAAACAAUUCACUUCCCUAAAACAAUGAUGGAUGCAUCCUUUCUAAAGCAUCCAGACCUCACCACAGGCCAAAAGCGUUAUCUGUGCAGCAUUGCUAAGGUCUAUAACGCAAACUAUCUGAGAACAUUAAUGAAGAGGCAAUACAUGCACGUCAUUCAGCGCAGCUCACAAAAGCCAGGUGUCCUCACUCAUCACAGGAGCCGCCUCAGCUCUCGUUACUCACAGAAACAGCAUUACCCCUGCACUACAUGGCGACAUCAACUGGAGAGAGAGGACUCAGGGCCAUCUAACAUUACAGCAGCAUCUGCACCUGAGAUGAUCAUACAGCAUUCCCUUUGGCGUCCAGUGAGAAACAAAGGAGGGUUGAAAACUGGAUACGCAUCUAAAACAAGAUGUAAGUCGCUGAAGAUUUUUAGAAGACCAAGCAGACUGUUCAUGCAACCAGUUACUACAAAUGAUUCUGAAUCAUACCUGAAUGAAGAAAAAAAGGAAGAAGAUUUACUAAAUAAGUGCAUGCAAUCAAUGUCAAUUGAAGAACAGGGAGAACAUCUGAUGUUAACUUGACAUUCUUGUCUUGAAUAUUGAAUUUAAACAUUGACCUACAUCCAGAUAACGUGCCAAAGGUGGGGGGAAAGGAGUUGUGAAUUGAUUGUGUAUUCUUUCUGCGUUUAGCAUAGUGUUGUUAUUCAUCAUUAAGUCAUUAAGUAAUUUUGGUUUGUUCAGAAACUUUUACAACAAUGUAAUUCCUUGAUGUAGUUCACUAUACAAAUGAUAUUUGUGUAAUAAAGUUUGCGUGUAAGAUAUGUCUGUAUUUCUGGCUAGACACAAUUAAAAUUUUUCUUGUCACUUAAAAUUGAAUUAUUUUUCUUUAAAUCUGAUAUAUGCAUUGUAUAAUUGCUUCUCUGUUUUCAACAAGUCUUAAGGCAACAUUUAGAAUAUCCUACAAUUUUCCUGAUUGGGCUAAGAAAAACUGAAACAUCCUGAUAUAGAAUAGCAUUUGACAGAGGUAGUACCCUGGCUUGCAAAGUAGGCAUUCAAUAAAUAUUUGCUGCUUGAAUACAACUUAAAAAUGGGAAUACUGAUUUGCCUAUUUUAUUAAAAUUGCCACAUAAACACUUUCACUUUCAAACUAGAUUAAGCUGGGAGAAAUUGUUUAACCUAGUGAAAAUUAUAUUUUCACUCUAGUGUACUUCCCUGCUAAAUUUUAGUGAUUUUUUUUUUAAUAUUUUGUUAAACCUUGAAAAAAUGGGGAGUAGGGCAAUUUAAAGCUACAGUUUGAAGAAUCACUGCUGAUUUAAUAUGUAAAUAGGUAGAAAACCAAUAGAAAAUAAAGUUUGAGUUCACACUAUGACAGAAUGUUGUAAGAAAUAAGAGAAAUCUGAAAGGUCAUCUCAUCUACUUCAGCACAUUAAGUAAUCUGCAUAGUUUCAUUUGGUUUCUCAUUUUUUAUGUUUUAAUUAAACAAAGGUUAUCAAUAAAGUAUAAAUGAAAGACAAAUGUUUAUUACUGAAUGGAGAAGAGAAAAAUGUAUACAAGGAAGUCUAAAUUCUUUAUCCUCAUGCAUUUAAUAAAGUUCCAAAUAACAACUUUGAAGAUAUUUACAAAGACAAACUUUUUCUUUUCUUAACAUGUGACCAUUUACUAUG